AUGAGUGGCACCAGUACCAGGGGCACCAGUACCAGGGGCAGCACCAGUACCCGGGACAACACUAAUACCAGGGACACGUCAAUGCCAGGGGCAGCACCAGUACCAGUGGCAGCACCAGUACCAGGGAGCAGAUCAGUACCAGCGGCAGCACCAGUACCAGGGACAGCACCAGUACCAGGACAGCACCAUUACCAGGGUCAUCACCAGUACCAGGGGAAGCAACGCAUCACAGGGGUAUCACCAGACCAGGGGCAGCACUACCUGGGGCAUCACCAGUACCAGGGGAAGCACCAGUACCAGGGGCAGCACCAUUACCAGGGUCAUCACCAGUACCAGGGCAGCACCAGUACCAGGGAAGACCAGCCCAGGAGCAGCACCCACCAGUACCAGGGGCACCAGUACAGGGACAAGCACCAGUACCAGGGGCAGCACAAGUACCAGGGGCAGCACCAGUGCCAUACACACUAUCAGUACCUGGGACAGCACCAGUACGAGUGGCAGCACCAGUACCAGGGCACCAGUACCAGGGGCAGCACCAGUACCCGGGACAACACUAGUACCAGGACACUAGCAAUGCCAGGGCAGCACCAGUACCAGUGGCAGCACCAGUACCAGGGGCAGCAUCAGUACCCAGGGCAGCACCAGUACCAGGGACAGCACCAGUACCAGGGACAGCACCAUUACCAGGGCUCAUCACCAGUACCAGGGAAGCACCAGUACCAGGGGUAUCACCAGGACCAGGGGAAGCACCAAUACCUGGGGCAUCACCAGUACCAGGGAAGCACCAGUACCAGGGGCAGCACCAUUACCAGGGUCAUCACCAGUACCAGGGCAGCACCAGUACCAGGGGGAAGACCUGUACCAGGAGCAGCACCAGUACCAGACACAAUAUCAGUACCUGGGACAGCACCAUACCUAGGGUCAUCACCAGUACCAGGGGAAGCACCAGUACCAGGGACAGCACCAGUACCAGGGUCAUCACAGUACCAGGGGCAGCAUCAGUACCAGGGCAGCACCAGUACCAGGGACAGCACCAGUACCAGGGACAGCACCAUUACCAGGGUCAUCACCAGUGGGAAGCACCAGUACCAGGGUAUCACCAGGACCAGGGGCGCGGGGCAUCACCAGUACCAGGGAAGCACCAGGGUCAUCACCAGUACCAGGGAAGCACCAGUACCAGGGGCAGCACCAUUACCAGGGUCAUCACCAGUACCAGGGGCAGCACCAGUACCAGGGGAAGGAACAGUACCAGGGCAGCACCAGUACCAGACACAAUAUCAGUACCUGGGACAGCACCAUUACCAGGGUCAUCACCAGUACCAGGGAAGCAACAGUACCAGGGAACCAGUACCAGACACAAUAUCAGUACCUGGGAGCACCAUUACCAGGGUCAUCACCAGUACCAGGGAAGUACCAGGGGCAGCACCAUUACCAGGUCAUCACCAGUACCAGGGAGCACCAGUACCAGGGAAGGAACAGUACCAGGAGCAGCACCAGUACCAGACACAAUAUCAGUACCUGGGACAGCACCAUUACCAGGGUCAUCACCAGUACCAGGGAAGCACCAGUACCAGGGGCAGCACCAUUACCAGGGUCAUCACCAGUACCAGGGCAGCACCAGUACCAGAGCAACAGUACCAGGAGCAGCACCAGUACCGGGAAGCACCAGGACACCACCAGUACCAGGGACAGCAUCAGUACCAGGGGUAUCACCAGUACCAGGGGCAUCACCAGUACCAGGGGUAUCACCAGGACCAGGGGCAGCACCAGUACCUGGGGCAUCACCAGUACCAGGGGCAGCACCAGUACCAGGGGCAUCACCAGUACCAGGGGCAGCACCAGGACCAGGGGCAGCACCAGUACCUGGGGCAUGACCAGUACCUGGGGCAUGACCAGUGCCAGGGGCAGUACCAGGGGCAGCACCAGUACCAGCAGGCAGCCAGGAAAGGAGCAACGCAUCAUAGUCUCUACAUGAUGGUAUUAAGAAACAAAAACACAGCGGGUAGCGGCAACACUCGGCUCUUGUAG